GGUUUUCAUCUUCUGAUAUCCAGUGCUUUCUAUACAAAAAAAAAUCAUCUUAUUCCAGCGAUCCAGAAAGUCAAGGAACUAUGGAAUUAAGCAAUAUAAUGGCUUCAGAAGACAAUGUAACUGUUUCAUCACCAGCUUCAAUCGAACAUGAGUUUUCGAGCCCCUGGGAUGACAGUGACCUCAUUCUUGUUGUCGAGGAUCAACAACUCCACGUUCAUCGGUUCAUACUCAAGAUGGCGUCACCAGUGUUCAAAGCCAUGCUGUCAUCUGAUUUCAAAGAGAAAAAGGAUGCUAAAAUCCCAUUACCAGGGAAGAAGGCUGAUGACUUUGUUGUCCUUCUGCAACAGAUUUAUCCCCAGUCCAACCGAAAUUCCAUCACACUGGCCAACGUGGAACACAUCUACGAACUCGCAGCAGCA